CUAGAUAACACAUCACUCAAAGGAUGCGCAAUUACGUUUUGAAUUAUGAUGUGAUUGAUUGUAUUCAUUAAAAACACUAUUUAUUAUUUAUUAUGUUUGUUGUAGAACAAGGUUUUUAGAGAAAGCUUGCUGAUCAUCUUCUGACAAUGAGUACUGUAGAUGACACAGGCGUUGAUAAAGGGACUUGGCUAUCUAAUGCGUCCGAGAGUGAACUAUUGGACGAAAUAAAUGACGAAAUAAAAAUAGCCGUAACACCUGUGUCAGUUUUUGUUGGAAUUGAAGCCUUUUUUGGAUUCUGGGGAAAUGUAUUUGUACUGUACGUGUUCAUCAAACGAUACCAUGACUGUAACUUCCGCUACUUCGUGCUGUGCCUCGCUUUUCUAGAUUUUAUCAGCACGCUGACCACAAUGCCAGGGGAGAUUCUGACGCAGCAGUACUGGUAUAAGUACCCGUUCCCCAUCGUCUGCAAGGUCAAGUCCUUCUUUAACGUGUUCACAGUAUCAGGGGAAGCAUUUUGUCUGUGUACAAUUGCCGUCGAUCGCUACCGAAAGGUGUGUGCUCCAUUUGGAUGGCAGAUUAGGCCUCGCCAGGCGCUUAUUAUGUGUGGAAUGAUCUACGGCGCGGCGUUCGCCCUUUCACUCCCGGUCUCGUUUCUCUGGGGAGUCCACCAAGACGUUAAGAUAUACAAAGGAAGAAACGUUACUGUCACCAUCUGUGAAAAAGAUGCUCAAUUUGUGGACAGUCAGCAGCCAUUUGUAUAUGCUACAGCCGUGGAGAUUGUCAAUGGCAUAUGUCUGGUGAUCAUGCUCGUUCUUUAUAUACUGGUAGCAAAGAAACUCAUUUUAGGUCGCCCAACGUCUCAAAGGUGCCAAAACCCUGGCGCAUCUAUGGGCAGCAAGUCUCCAGCGUCACGGGCAAAAUCAAAACAAAAGCCUGAGAUCAGCAAUGGAGAAGGUGUUUCUUUUACUGACGUACAGAUUAGAAAAUCAAUAGCAACCAAAGAGUUGAGCACAACGGAAAUGAGGUCCAUAGAUGACGAAAGUGUACCAGUUGACGUCAAUGAUGUUUAUGGCACGGACGCUGAAACACCUGACGAGGAUGGAACGUCGGAAGGUAGUCAUAAACAUCGGUCGCGGCGUAGACGUCGUGAAAUAGCGAGUCGUGUUCGCCGAAAAACGUACAUCAUGUUUGUGCUGACAAUCCUAUUCAUUGUCACAACAAUUAUGUAUAUGACAUUAUUAGCGUUUAUAUCAGGAGGUAUCUUAAAGAGUUUAAAUGACUAUGAGAAGGCUGUGUAUUUCUUCUUCUUCAGGCUUGUGUUCAUAAACCAUGUUAUCAACCCUUUUGUGUACACCUGUCUUGACCCUCAGUUUAAGCAAAUAAUAGGAGAAAUGAAAAACAACGUGCUUAAAAUAUUAAAGAAAGGGUGAUUAAACUGUGUGCUGAUUAUUUUUUGCCGAAAAGGUCUUUUUCUCCACAUUACAUUCACUGCACAUGCGCUUACAAAUUGUUGGCAUGUUACAUCUUACGAGUGUUGCAUGUGUCGCCAUAUUCAUACUCAGUGCAUACUCAGUGCAACAAGACAAUUAUGUUGCUAUACUGAAACAGAAUGCCCAAACAAGAAAAGUUUGUUGCCAGCCAAUACAAUGAUACGUCAACCGCCAAUGUGACAAUCCAGUGUGUUUCACCGGUCGAAUGCAGUUUUACCACACCGCCAACAACAAAUUAGAAUGGAUGCACUUGGGAAGUGCGUUCUAUCCUCAAAACCAAAGAAUAAGCAAAUUGAACUUAUGGGGUCGUCCCCAAUACUUGUGUUGCGUACUACAAAAUGUAUAGAUAAGUGCAUUGCAUUUCAUUUUCAAAUCUGUCGCAUGUUUCGACUUAGUGAUGUUAUGACGUUUGAUCAAUUUUGCAAAAAGCAAUACACAUACUUCUGAAGACAGAUACUUUGUGCGUAUGCAAUAUAUAGAUGUCAAUAUUUCGUUGCAAUUAUGAAUGUCAGUCUAGGUACAGUAUUUCCUAAAUGCAUAACUGUGUUUGUCAGAAUGUGAGUGAAUACAAAAAUGUAUUUUUGUACAAAUAUUUCUUUGAUUCGUUCGAAAUUUUAUUUCUAUAUUUUGUCUUGGCCUGACAGGGACUCGCUCAUGUGGACCACAAUAGUUGUUCACAGUAAUACAGUAUAAUUAUUUUACUCUUUGAUACCGAAAUUGUAGAAGAAAACAAAACAAUCAAAGUAUACGAAACCUGGUUGUAGUCUCGAACUAACCCACGCCGGCACAGUCAAGAAUGAAUACAAAACAAACAACACAGCCAAUCGGACUCGUACAUACCCGAAGGGAUAAUUUUGUUGAAAAUCGAGACUGACGCUGUUCUAAAUCGUAGACUUCAAAGACAAACAAAUCAUAUGUAAACACUUGUUCUUAGUUUUAACCCGCGUCAUGAUUUGCCAAUCUUUUUAUCGUCUUAAAAAAGUUAAUUUUACAAAACAUGAGCGAGUCCCUUGAACAAAGAUUGGGGGGAAAUGAAAGAAAAGUUUGAUUUGUUGAACAUGAUCAUGAAAUUGUUUUGUAUGCAUUGAUGAUGUGACCAUGCUAUUCCUAUUUACCACGUCAUUUGAACGAUUUUGUAACGCGAAGCCAUACUGAUCAUUCAAUUUCAUAUAUGUAUCAUGGAAAAACUGGAACGUAAGGCCUUUCGAAUUGCCGUUUAUUAAUAAAAUUAAGAUGAUUAACAUUUAUAAAAUCAGUAUCAAAAGAUUUUUUAAAAAUCUUUUUUCUGUUUUGAAUGAGUUUCUGAGGAAAGGAAAUGUUGUCUUUAGCUUCAGUUUUUGAAACAUAAUUAAUUACUAUUCACGCUGAUGUGCGGGAAGAAAUAUUAAAAAUGAGGAAAUUAGCAUGUUGUAUUUUUACCAGACACAAAAUAACAAAACAUUGAAUAAUGGUCAUUCCAAAAGGAAACCUUUUUGACCAUAAAUAUCCUUAAUCAAUCCGAAUGAAACUGAAGUCAGCACGAAGUCUACUAACAAAAGCGAAAAUAAAGAACAAUCGAAUAACUAGACGUGGUAAAAAAGAAAGGAUAAAGUAAACGAUUUUUCGACGACAAAGCUUUGCAACAAAAAGUUCACAUACAUCGUACAUCGUAAGAUAAUCAUCCCUAAUUUUGUAUAAAUAUAUAGCAAGCUCUAAAAACACUUUGGUUAUAUUUCGUGUAUUUGCAUUAUCCACUCGAGAUUUUGUUGCUUCAGUGAAGAAUGUUUAACCUCUGUGAGAAUAUAGCAUAUGAUUAGAUUGAAAUAUAACAUUCAUAGACUACAUUUAUACAGACAUAAGUUGUGUUUGAUGUUGACUAGGCUUUUUUGCAAACAUUCUAAAUUACAGCGGUAUUUCUAUUUUGCAUUAUAUUCUUGGAAUAAAUGGACAUGUGCUGUCAUUCAAUU